GGUGCGGGCGGCGGGCAGCGCAGAGUGAGAGGCUCUUUUGUUCGGCUGAGGGGAGGGCCGUCGGCCGGGCCUGCGGUACGCCGCUUCAGCUGGGCGCUCGGCUGCGGCCAAACGGCUUUUUGCUUCUCUGGUCGCAGCUCCCUGGGGCCGCUCGACGCCACGCGCGAGGAGCGCGGCACGGAUUCCUCCCAGGCUCGCGGGCGCUGCUUCGAGUAGCGUCACCCUUUACACCGGAAAGCUGGCGGGUACUAUGGGGAAAAAACAAAACAAGAAGAAAGUGGAGGAGGUACUAGAAGAAGAGGAAGAAGAAUAUGUGGUGGAAAAAGUUCUUGAUCGGCGAGUUGUCAAGGGCAAAGUGGAAUAUCUUCUAAAGUGGAAGGGUUUCUCAGAUGAGGACAACACAUGGGAGCCAGAAGAGAACCUGGAUUGUCCAGACCUCAUUGCUGAGUUUCUGCAGUCACAGAAAACAGCUCAUGAGACAGAUAAAUCAGAGGGAGGCAAACGCAAAGCUGAUUCUGAUUCCGAAGAUAAGGGAGAGGAAAGCAAACCAAAGAAGAAGAAAGAAGAGCCAGAAAAGCCACGAGGCUUUGCCCGGGGUUUGGAGCCAGAGCGGAUUAUUGGAGCUACUGACUCCAGUGGAGAGCUCAUGUUCCUCAUGAAAUGGAAAAACUCUGAUGAGGCUGACCUGGUCCCUGCUAAGGAAGCCAAUGUCAAGUGCCCACAGGUUGUCAUAUCCUUCUAUGAGGAAAGGCUGACGUGGCACUCCUACCCCUCAGAGGAUGAUGACAAAAAAGACGACAAGAAUUAGCCCUCUUGAGUGCCCACCCCUGUCACCUUUGACUGUGGGUUUCCCGUGGGGAGGGAAGGAGUUGUACCUGUCUUGACCCCAUAGGGGUGGCUUGAGAAGAUGUCCUUUGAAGAGCCAGCAUAGUUUCUGUGCCCUGCAGCAGCCCAAGUGCUUUACAUUGUUCAAGCUGUAUAGUCUGCACACCUAUCCCAGUGGAGGGGAAAGGGUAAGUGUUUCAAGGCAACCAGUUCUGCGCUUUCUUAAGAAAGUGGAGGGCCUUCCAUGAAGGACAAAACCUGCAGAACCGGGGUGUGGGAAAGCAAGAUACUGUCGACCUUCAAAGAGCAUCUCCACAACCCACAGCCUUCUUCCCAAUAGUGUUAACUGCAUUUUUACAGCCUAGCAUGUGUGUAGUUUUUGGCUAUUACUGGUAUAUUAAUUGGGGUGGGAGGGUUGGGGCAGGGAAGGGAGAUGGGUAGAAUCAUUUUGGUUAAAAUUUGGGGCCUGAUUGGGGAAAUGGUGAAACAGUAGAAAGAACAUAUAACUAAUAAAUUGGUUCUAUGUUGAGAAUAUUUUGCCUUUUCAAAAAAUGUCAUUUGCACCAUAAAUGAGGACUGUAAGAGACUGUUAAAAAAAAUCCUGUGAAUGCUGAAACCUACAGCCAAGGUGCUCCCUACCUGAGCUCAUUGUGGCCCACAGAGGACAAAGCCAGUUCCCUGAAUUACCAAAGCUGCCAUUGGAUGACGGAAACAGACUGAAGAGGGAAAGUUUUACUGGGGAGUAUAUACAGGCAGACCAUUCUAUUCUGCCUUAGAGGUGCUAAUUCCUGAAAUUGGAUGGGGAAAAACAAAAAUGUUUUUUCAAUUACAAAGUUAUAAAUAUCAGUUUGUCCAUCCAAGCCAUUGGCUCAAGUGUUGUAGGAGGGCCUGUGAGAGAUGGGGAGAUGGGAGCCUGUGCUCCUGGGGCAGAAACUCUUGGGGCCUUUGGGCCUUUCUUUUUUUUUUUUUUUUUUUUUUUUUUUUUUUUUUUUGCUUUAGGGGCUUGGUUUUUUUUUUUUUUUUUUUUUUUUUUUUUUUUUUUUUUUUUUUUUUUUCUGUUUUUCAAGUUUUGAAACCUGAAACUGCUUGUGGCGGGUUCAGUUACCGACAGCACAAAUUUCAUUGAGUCAAUUCAAGGGUUGAAUGACUUCACAAGCCCUGGUCUCAGGAGAUUAACUUUCAUAUUGGGUUAGUGGUACACUUGAGAAUACAAAAUAUUCAGAUUAACUGAUGUCCAACAUACUGUCUUGAAUCAUGAGAUCCAUUAAUUUUUAGUAUUGUCUAAACCUACAUAGAACUACAAUGUAAAAUCUUUUUAAGCAUGUGUUAGAUGUAUGUGAAAAAAAUUGUUUUAAGUGUAAACUUCAUACCAUAUUGUCAGUUUUUGUCUUAAUAAAACUAUAGAUUUAUAA